AUAAUUCAGCAAUAUCAAAGUACCGUUGCGAAGAUGGACGCGGGACGGAAGCAAGUGUUUCAGCAAGAAGGAUGUCAGGGACAAGUAGAUUCUGCUGAAUCAAAACUUGGAAAACGACAUGACCUCAUCCUACUGUUAUUUUUGGGGUUUGCUGGCUUAUAUGCCAUGCGAGUCAAUCUGUCAGUAGCAAUUGUUGCCAUGGUGAGGGCUCGCCCUGAAAGCCAAAGUCUUCGUGAUACAGAAGAUGUAUGCCCUAAUCCAGAAGUAGCAUCUGAAAGCAAGCAUAAUCCUUUGAAAGUUGAAUCAAGGGGAGAAUUUGACUGGGAUGAGCAGACUCAAGGUAUGGUUCUUGGAGGUUUCUUCUAUGGUUAUCUUCUCACCAACUACCUUGGAGGACGUCUGGCUGAUAGGUUUGGAGGGCGACUUAUUUAUGGUGCUGGAGUGACUCUGACAGCAUUCCUCACAAUUAUUUCACCUUCAGCAGCAAGAUACUCCACUAAUGCAUUUAUAUUAGUCAGAGUAUUAGAAGGAAUGACUGAGGGAGUGACCUAUCCUGCCACGAAUGUGAUGAUCUCUCAUUGGAUUCCACCUCAGGAAAGGGCACGGUCUAUAUCACGUAGUUGUGGAGGCACUCUAAUUGGCACUGUAAUAACCUUGUCAGUAAGUGGAUGGCUGACGGAAACAGAAUGGGGAUGGCCAUCUGUUUUUUACCUAUCUGGAUUUAUCUGUCUUGUUUGGAGCUGGUUCUGGUUUAGAUAUGCUUAUGACACCCCAGAUGACCAUCCCACCAUCUCAGCUGCUGAAAAGCAUUAUAUAAGGCAGUCCAUUGGACACCAUAGAGGAAAAAUGGGACAGAAUGUACCUUGGAGAUCAAUCCUAACCUCAGUGCCCUUCAUGACUUUGGUGGUGGCACAUGUAUGCCAUAAUUGGGGCUUCUACUGCUUGCUCACAGAACUUCCCACAUAUCUCAGAAAUAUUCAGCACUUCAACAUGAAACAGAAUGGUUUAAUCUCAGCACUUCCUUACAUGGUGAUGUGGGUGUUUAAUUUGACAUAUUCGUCAUAUAUGGAUCAUCUUUUAGAAACAGGAAAGCUCUCCACCAAGAACAUCCGGAAAAUCUCUAUGAUCAUAGCAAACCACAUUCCAGCGGCAGUGCUGCUCCUUGUUCCGUGGGUGGGGUGUGAUAGGCAGCGAGCUGUGAUUCUUAUCUGUAUUGCUUUGGGUUCAGGUGGAGCCUCAACGUGCGGACUGCACUGUGGCUUUCAGGAGUUGGCUCCAAACUUUGCAGGGACCUUGACAGGCAUAUCAAACACAGUGGCAACAAUACCAGGAUUUCUUGCUCCAGCUGUAACUGGGAUGAUCAUAAAUAACCAACAAACGCUGAGCAGUUGGAGAGAAGUGUUCCAUGUGGUGUCACUCAUCUACAUUUUUGGAGGAACCAUCUACCUCAUCUUUAUGUCUGCAGACACUCAGCCAUGGAAUGAUGCUAACACUGAAAAAAGAAAAGGACCAUUCAAAGAGACUACAGUGCUUAAAAAUGUAUGAGGUAAGAUUUUCAUUAGACAUUGCAAAUUGUGAAGUACAAAUUGAGUACUGAAACUGUUCUCAGUCUUUACUAUUUAGGUUAUUUAUGCAUGAAUGAUAUCUUAGGUUUAUCUUUCAUUUAAUUUUACAGUCAGAAAAUUUUUUAUUACUACACAUGUAUGAGGGAUUUAAAUUAAUUUAACGUAAUGUUUGCAGCAUGACCUUUAUACUGGAAACUUAGAAUUUCUCAGUCAUAUCAUAUUUAAUGCAAAUUGGCUUAUCUAAUGUAUUUAUUGAAGUUAAAAUGUCUUGUUUGAUUGUAUGGUUCAUCCUGUAUAAUCUGUUGAAUUUCAACUACAUACUAUAGUUAUUCAUUCCAGUUAUCAACAUCUACCUAUUUAUCCGUCCAUAUGUCUGUUUAUAUAUCUGCCAACCUUUAUAUGUAUUUUCUGUGUGUGUGUGUGUGUGUGUGUGUGUGUGUGUGUGUGUGUGUGUGUGUGUGUGUGUGUGUGUGUGUAUA